UCACACCGGUACAACAGUCCACAGCAACUACCCAGAUCUCUGCUCACUAUCUCUCAUCUGUAACAGGAGAUUAAUUCUGAAAACCAUCUUAGAACUAUGAACCCCAAACUAACCCAAAUCCAGCAAAAUACAAUCUGUGCUCAGCUGGGAACAGUCAAACUGCAGCUGCUGUACAAGGCCAGCAUCCACGGCUUCACCGGUGCAGCAUUUCACCAAAGAUGUGACAACCGCUCUCCCACUGUGUCUGUGGGCUACAACAACUCUGGUUAUGUGUUUGGAGGCUACACCAAACAACGUUUUCAUCAGUCUGGACAGUACAUGAAUGAUGAUCAGGCUUUUCUUUUCACAUUCAAUGGUGCAAACCUUUUCAAAUAUCCAGUUAUUAAUCCUGGAAAUGCAGUGAAAAUGGUAGCUAACUGUGGUCCUUAUUUUGGAGAAAACUUGGUUCUUGUGAAUGGAAACCAAGCAACAGUUUAUAGCAAUCCAGGAAAUUAUUACAACUUCCCUGCUGCACAAAUGCAUGGCAAUAACCUCAACCUGAUUGAAUGUGAAGUCUACCAAGUGGAGGAAACUGAACUUGAGAAGCCAUGGAGGACAGUCAUUUGGGAACCUGAGAAGAAGAAGGAGCUGAUGGAGAGCAUUAAAAGCUACAAACCCACAGUCAGCUCUGUGACCCAGGCUCGGGUUUUGCUCAUUGGACCAGUUGGAGCUGGAAAGUCCAGCUUCUUUAACUCUGUCAACUCUGUAUUCAGAGGACAUGUCACCAGUCAGGCCAUAUCUGGCUCCUCCACCACCAGCCUCACCACACAGUUUCGCACCUACUCUGUGAAAGAUGGACGUGGAGGGAAACCUCUGCCAAUAAUUUUGUGUGAUACCAUGGGACUGGAGGAACGCAAAGGGGCGGGGCUUGACAUUGACGACAUGAGCAGCAUCCUCAAAGGUCACCUGCCAGACUGUUAUCAGUUCAACCCUUCAGCUCCUCUGCACUCUGAGGCUCACGGCUAUCACAGGUCUCCAGGACUCAAGGACAAGAUCCACUGUGUGGCCUAUGUCAUCGAUGCCUGCAAGAUCUCCAUCAUGCCCAAAGGGCUGGAGGAGAAGCUGAAUGCUAUCCGCAAAAAAGUUAACUUAAUGGGUAUUCCUCAGCUGGUCCUCCUCACUAAAGUAGAUGAAGCCUGCCCACUGGUGAAAAAGGAUGUGAGAAACAUCUAUAAGAGCGGCUAUAUUAAGGACAUGAUGCAGGAGGUCAGCUCUCGGCUCGGUGUGCCGCUGUCCUGCAUUGUUCCUGUGAAGAACUACAGCGAGGAGUUAGAGCUGGACACAAAUUGUGACAUCCUGUUGCUCAGCGCCAUCAUCCAGAUGCUUCGCUUUAUUGAUAAUUACUUUGAUGAGCUCAGUGACCGAAUGAGACACAUGCAAACCAAAGAGCAGGAGCAGAUAUAACAACCUGAGCAGCUGAUGAAAUAUCCCUGAAAAUGGUUCACUUACCUGCAAGUGAUCCUGUGGAGGGCUAGUACACUGUGUUAGCACGGUUAUCUGGAAGUCAGGAAUGAGUAUCUUAGGAGUACUCAGAAUACUGUCAAUAUUGAGAGAUAUUGUGUACCUUCUAACUUGCCCUGGGACGUCCAGUUUUUUUUUUGGCUUACAGAAGUCAUUGCAUUGGUGUCUUUCACCUGCUAUAUUUUAUUACAGCAGUAGAAAUUUUCAGUGAAAUUUUUACAUUAAACAUAUAAUGUAUAUGGCUUAUAUAUACAAUUGAAAAAGUGGGAUAUUUCAUUACAAGUUGACAGGAUUGACAAACUAAAAUAUUGUGUUAUUCAUAAGUAAAUCAUGUUUUUCUUGAGAUUACAGCUGCAGUUUAUUAGAUUGUAUCUUUGUAAGUUUGAUUUGCCAGUAAAAGGAAGAAAGACAUUGUAACUUACAAAAUAUUAACAGAACAGUUUUACUUUGUUGUGGACUCUUACAUACUGUUUUGGUGAAAGAUUAAAAAACUGAGCACUAGGUGAACACACACACAGUGCUGUGUGAAGUACAAAAGAAAGAGUUAGAUUUGGGCCCAUUGUGUUUACAAUACUUUUACUUUUGGUUCAAGUUACUUUCAUUUGUGGUGCUUGGAUUUAAACAAUAUAUAAAAUUGUAUUGUAGUCAAAGGUUUUUACAAAAUUUGACACAAAAAUUUGAUUUUUGUACACACAGAUUUUGCUGUAGCUAAAAUCUUUGUUUACUCACCAACAGUGCAAACUGAAAAUGGGUUCUGAUGUUGUCGUGGUCUCUGGGUUUUGUGAUGUUUCUGAUUUUGGGGUUCUUGUUUAUUACUGUGAUUUUGGGGAUUACUGUUUUGGAUUCUUUGUUGUUGUACUGGCUUCUUGGUUUUAUGUUGGGUGAUAUUAUCAUUAUUAGUGCUCUGUCUGUGGUCCCUGUUUGGUUAUUAUGGUUAUAAGUUACAGGUUUGUAUUCCUGUGUUGUGUUUAUGCCCUGAUUUUUAUCAGAAGUAGUAUUUUUAGUUCGCUCAGUGUUCCUCUGAUUGGUAUGUGUCUUUUGUUUACUUCCUGCUUCACUUUGAAGGAUUAGUUUCCUUUCUUGCCUCAUUUUGUUGCUUUAUAGUGCUGUGCUCCCCCCUGAAUUUGUUCAGUCAUGUUCAGCGUGUCCUUCAUCUUUCAGUGUCUCCUUGUUUCAGUCCUGUUUUAUUCUGAUAGUUUUCUCUUGUGUCUUGCUUUGAGUUUUGCUUGCUCUCUGUCUGACUGUCUUGAUCACCUUUACCCGUGUCUCAUUCCUUUUCUGUUUUCAAUUAGUCCUGAGUGCAUAUUUAAAUAAUUGCAUUUGUGGGUUGAGCAGCAGAGCUAAGGGUGUAGGUUGCGCCCAUGAAAAACUUGCCAGAUCUUCUCUCCCAGGCCAAACAGCUUAUUUUGUGAAACAGGCUUUCCAGUGGUAUGAAAUUUGUUACCAAGAAGCAUCGUUACAGCAAAGAAAUUAUCGACCAAACACAUUUCCUUACUUUCUGUGCUAAGUUAAUAAUCUUGACCUCCUCCUUGACCUAGAAUUUUUGAAUCAGCCUCAAUAAAGUCAAUCAAGUCUGA